UAUCAUUUCACCAUAUCCAGCAGACACAAAAUCCUCUUAUCUCAAACUUAUUAGCAGCUUAAGAAUCUCCUGUUAAGAUAUGGCGGCUUCCAAAGCUCUGACACCAGCAGUCCUCUUUCUGUCUCUAAAUAUACUAUUCUUCACUAUUGUGACUUCAACUUAUGUUCCAUGCCCACCACCUCCAAAAAAGAGUGUGACACCUACGCACCCUCCAAUGAAAACACCAUCAAAACCCGCAUCACCAAAAUCCCCUCCACCAAAAUCCCCGCCAUCAACUAAGCCUGCUAGCUGCCCAAGGGAUACUCUAAAAUUGGGUGUUUGUGCUAAUUUGCUAAAUGAUAUUGUGCACGUUGUCGUUGGAACCCCAGCUAACACUCCUUGUUGCAGUCUCAUUAGUGGUUUAACUGAUCUUCAAGCUGCUGUCUGCUUGUGCACUGCCAUUAAAGCUCAAGUUUUGGGAAUUAACCUUAAUGUUGCCGUCGACCUCAGUUUAAUUAUCAAUACUUGCGGCAAGAAGGUUCCAUCUGGUUUCAAAUGUGCCUAAGUUACCCGCAAUUCCCAAUGGCUGAACCGACAGCCACUAGUUAAUAUCAGCUCAGUUUUAUCUGUUGUUCGUAUGUUUCUUCCAUGUAGAAGACCUUCCACUUUGUUGUUGAAUUGUAUGUCUUCCUCACAGUACCGUAUUUAUGUUCUGUAAUUCUGCGUGCGAAGGGUUUUCAUUACCCUUCUCACAUACUGUUUACAAUAUUUGUUGCAUCAUUUUUAUUUUCAUCUAAAAUAAAAGAAAUAUUUGUCACAUAUCAAUUUUAAAUUUGAGAUC